AUGCAAGAACUUACUUCUACGUUCUUCUCUCGUUCCCUCGUCCCGACCACUUGCACGCGACCUCGACCACGACCAACGUCAGUAGUUCCCAUGACCAUUUGCAUGGACCAAUCACGCAAAGAGAAAGUGGUUGUCAUAAUGGGAGCCACGGGGGCAGGCAAGUCACGUCUCUCAGUCGACCUAGCAACUCGUUUCUCCGGCGAGAUCAUCAACUCUGACAAAAUGCAAUUCUACAACGGACUUGAGAUCGCCACUAAUCAAAUCACUAUCCCUGAGCGAUGUGGAGUCCCUCACCAUCUACUCGGUGAGCUUCCUGUGAAUGACAAUGAACUAACUGCCUCCGAGUUCCGGUCUUUGGCGUCAGAGUCGAUCUCUGAGAUAGCCUCUCGCGGUAAGCUCCCGAUAAUAGCUGGAGGAUCUAACUCCUUCGUACAUGCCCUCCUUGUAGAACGUUUUGACCCCGGAACCAAUCCAUUCUCUUCCAAGCCGUCCAUUUCUUCUGAGCUGAGGUACGACUGUUGCUUCCUCUGGGUGGAUGUCUCGGUCUCAGUUUUGCACCACCACCUCUCAAAACGUGUCGACCAAAUGAUGGACUCGGGAAUGUUCGAGGAGCUCGCAAGUUUCUACGACCCUAGAAACUCCCGGUCGACCGUCCGAACCGGGAUUCACAAGGCUAUAGGAGUACCGGAGUUUGACCGGUACUUCGGAGUCUACCCGCCGGAGAAAAGCCACAAUGUGUGCGAGUGGGACCAAGCGAGAAAGGCGGCAUACGAGGAAGCAGUGCAUGAGAUCAAGGACAACACGUGGCAGCUUGCGAAGAAGCAGAUAGAGAGGAUCAUGAUGCUGAGAAGCAGCGGUUGGGAGAUUCACAGGUUGGAUGCUACUGCGUCGCUAAGGGCAUCAUCAAGAGAGGUUUGGGAGAAGAACAUUUUGAAGGAAAGCGUCAAGAUUGUGAAACGGUUUUUGCUUAAAGACUAG